GCUGAGGUCAGCAUAUGUAAAUUCAAGAACUCGUUACUCACUCUCUUCGCCUUUGUAAAGUUUGAAAUUUGUUAGAAAAGUAGCAGUUUAGUCCUAAGCCUAAUUGCCUGCCUGAAAUCUGAUCAAGUUUUUAAUAUUUUGACGUCUACACUCGGAGAUGUUCAUGCAGACCUUAUUCCUUUAUACCUUCUUUGCCGUUCUCAUAAAUUACCGCCACUCUGUAGCAAAAGACCUUGAUUUACCAAAGAAGCCACAAUGGUCACUUGAUCCGUUCCUUGGAACCUACGAAAUGGAUGCUGACAACAAGAACGCCAUGAAUGAUUUUGCUUCUAAAAUAUUAGGAAUUCCAACAAAGACUCUGGAGAGCGGUGAGCGGCAGGUGUUUAACAAGACACAUGACGGCACCAGAUAUCAACAUUUUGUGCUACGAAAUGAAUCCAAAUACAAUGCCCACUCCACAUUUCUGCUAGACAAGAAGACUAGUGUGCUAACGGACAGCGGUGCAACGAUGACCUUUCACUUUGCUAUGUUAAAUGCUACGGUUUUACAAGGAAGUUAUACUUUUUCAAACGGGGAUAACGUCACGGAUUUCACUACAAAGUUUAUCUUUUCCCAAGAUGCCACCACACUGACCAAGAUUGCCCGGGUUUUAUAUCCAGAGGAAUUCCAAGCCAUGGCCGUUUUCCAUCGAAUUUCCAAGCCACAAUCUCCGAAAUCCCAGCCCGCACCACCCGUUCCCAGUGGCGAAACCGCGGAAAUCUCCCAAACACUGCAUACCGACGGGGAAACAGUAUCGCACCUUUAAAAUUUAUUAGAAUUCAUACUCUGCCUGUGUUUUAUAAUCAUGUCAAGCAUUUGCUUUAUACCGGUAGAUAGUCUUUCACCAGCACCGUUAAAUUGUUCGAGAAGAGUACUGUGCAGGCACUGCUUUCUGUAUCACUUGGUAGUCUGCGCUUUAUUAACCGAAAUAUAAACCAACACAA